UGCGUUGCCAUAUUGUACAGCACUUGUGUUAAAUAAACGAGUCUAACUAAAUUAAUCGGCAGCAAAUAUGCCUUCUUAUAAAUUUACGUAUUUUAAUGGAAAGGGGAGAGCGGAGGUUUCUCGGCUUUUAUUUGCUGCUGCUGGAAAGGCCUUUGACGACGUUAGGAUUGAUUCCGCGCAAUGGAGUGAUCUCAAAAAAGUUAUGCCACAGGGAACACUGCCGGUGUUGGAAGUGGGUGGAAAGACGAAGAUCUCACAGAGCGUAUCGAUAGCGAGGUACCUCGCACGAGAGUUUGACUUGUAUGGCAAGGGUAACACUGAAAUGGCGUUAGUGGACCAGAUUAUUGACACCACCCAAGAUCUCUUAAGCGCGGUCUUAAAAUUUGCCUUUCUUAAGGACGAAGCUGAAAAGGCCAAGAAAAGGGAAGAGUUCUUGGCAGGUGACGCUAAAAAAUAUCUGGGAUUUUUAGAAAACCUUGUUAAAGAGGGCGGAAAGAGCGGCUUUGCGGUUGGAUCGUCGUUAACAGUUGCCGACCUUAUGCUUUACGCCUUCAUAGAAAAUUCUCAAAUUGUGGAACUUUUGAAAGAUUACAAACUGUUGGACGCCAACAGAAAGAAGGUCGAGCAGCUACCAAAGAUAAAGGAAUACUUGAAGAAGAGGCCCGUCACUACAUUCUAGGAUAAUUGUUUAAAUAUCUGACCUACUAGCCAUGUCGUGUUAUUUCGUUCUGUAAUGGAAUGUUUCGUCCAUUUAUUAUCAAAUUGUUGUGUUAUUUAUAUUACUUUAUUGUGCAGUAUAUUCUUAGCAAAAUUACGUAAUGUUCAAUGCAUCCUUUUUCUCUCGUGUACUUUGGAAAACUGUGAAUAAAAUGCGUAAAAAAAGGUU